AUAGUCUUGCAUGCAAACUCAAACUCAUAAUACAACAAGCUUUGAUAUUAGUUUUCUCUUGCGCACUUUUUCUUCUUAAUAUUUAAAACCUAUAUAACCGUAUUUGGACCAAAUUUGGUCAAAUUUGGUCCAAAGAGGUUAUAAGGUUUUAAACAAACUUGAAAGAAACCUUAGAUAUCAAGUGUACUUGUGUGUUGCUCGGCUUCAUUUUAUCUGCAAGGAAAACUCUAUCAUAUUAAGAAGGCAUGGAUAAGGUUAAAAGGUUGGUUGCCGAGAGGAGUGUGGUCAUCUUCAGCAAAAGCUCAUGCUGCCUAUCAUAUGCAGUUAACAUUCUAUUUGGGGAACUUGGAGUCAAUCCUCUCGUAUAUGAGAUUGACCAAGACCCUGAUUACAGGGAAAUAGAGAAAGCUCUCAUGAGGCUAGGAUGCAAUGCACCAGUACCAGCCGUAUUCAUCGGCGGAAAGCUGGUCGGAUCCACAAAUGAAAUCAUGUCACACCACCUAAGCGGUGAUCUGACCAAAAUGCUGGUGCAAAGCCAUGCUUUGAAUAAAUACUAAAUCUAAUCAAAUUAUUGACUAUUCUGUUGGAGAAGGAAAACAAUAAUAAUUGGCUCAAGUUUAUAAUGAAUAGUUAUGUUAUGUCUUAUGUCUCAAGAAUUAUGUAGCAAUUGUUUAGCUGUGUAGUAUGUAAUACCUUUGUUAUUGAUAAUGAAGUCAGCUCCUAUUUUAUUGUGUUUA